AUGGACCACGGCCGAAGUAACGAGAUGGAUCAUGCGGCGGACGCUUUCCGGACGGACCUGAUGACCAUCACGCUAUACUUGCUGAACGAGCAGAGCAGGCACCAGGAGUCGCGCGACGACUUCAGCAUCCUCCUCUCCCACAUCGUCCUCGGCUGCAAGUUCGUCGCCACUCAACAAAUCCAUUCUCCUCGUCUGGUGCUCAUCGGCCUCUCAGUUCAGAGCAACGUCGAGGCAAGCGCUUGUUUCCUCUCUUCAUCAAAGUUGUUCUUCCGUGAGAAUGGUGCUAUGAUGAUGAUUGCCUGUUUUCUUUGCCGUGGGUUCUUCAGGUGGAGGAGCAGAAAGAAGUUGGACGUGCUCUGCUCUCCCAACGAGGUGUUGGUCAAUGCCCUUGUCAGCAGUGGCCGCACCUGUGUUCUUGUGUCCGAGGAGGCUUCAUACUUGGACCGAAAGCUCCGUGGGAAGUACUGUGUCUGCUUUGGUCCCCUGGAUGGCUCCUCCAACAUCGACUGCGGCAUGCCCAUCGGAAUGGUAACUAUCUGA